AACAUAAAUGUAUGGGGCCUUUCUUCAGAUUCCAGGCCCUUCUUGCUGUGUCAUGUGGCUACAAUUGUGAAGUAUUUCACAGUGCAAAAGAAAGACUGAUUCUUAAGGGAAAGCAAAUGUAAAAGUGAGUGUGUAGCCGGUUGCGCCUUUCCCUUUCGUCCCCACGGUCCACCCAUGUGUGUUGGAAUUUCCCGCAUGGACUGAGAGGGGAUCUUGCUCAGUAAAUUACAGCGCCUUGCGUGUCAGAGGAAAGCCUUUUAUGGGCAUGGAAGUGGGUGUGGCCAGGGAGUUGGUGGUAGAGGGCGGUAUCACAAGACAAGCAGAGGCACUGAGAGUCUGGAUUUACAGCGAACGGCCUCUUUACAAGCGUGAGUGUUUUGUGUGCAAUCCUUGUGCAAUAAUGUGCAACAGACGGCGGUGGCAUUGCGCUCGUGUUUCUGCAGACUAGCGCCUCGUUUCCGACCGGGAAGGACUCUGUUUAUGCACCGACAUCGACCUCCUUUUUCUCUUGACUGUUGCGGGGGGUGAAGGGGAGAGAAGUAGGCUAACAGUGUGUGAGGUCAGCAGUGUAGCAUGAGUCAGUCUCUGGGAUGUAUGCAGUCAUCAUCGGACGUCUGUAUUGUGCGGGCCUUCUGCCGCUGCUGGACGCACAGAGCUGCGAGUGUGCAAUCCUGCGGGCAGAGCUGCCGCUUGUAGCAGCUUUCAUGACAAACACAGAUGUUGCCCAUGAAUGAGAAAACCACAGACUUCUUCAGAUCUGCUUAUCCCACGUUGGCCACCACUGAGUGGGUUCCAAAGAACUUCAGAGGUGAAAAGAAGAUUAUCUUGUUGGACCUGGCUCCUGCUCCCACUGAUGUCAGUGUAGUUUUACAGCUUUAUUUUUUUGUGGAUCCCCUUUGAUUUUUGGAUUGGUAUAUUCAGGCUCAUCCAGUUGGAGCAUAAAUAGUUGGUUUGGUUGCACAUAUUCACCUGGCUUGGCUCAUUCAUGCUUGUCAUGAGCGUACCAACCCAGCAGAAAGCCAGCACUAAAAGAACAGGCAAACGCAUCACGUUUUUCAACGAUCAAAGUGUAGCAAUGAAGGAGUCCUCUCAGCACCCCGAAGGGUCAUAUUACGUCCCAGGUGGCACUGCCUCUGACCCUGGACAGAGUGAGGCUGCCAGUACUGUGACCUCAAAUCCAGAGGGCCCUCACAUGUACCUCAACUCUGUCAUCUUCAGCCCAGAUAAGGGUGAUCAGAGCAGGGGUCAUUAUCAGCAGACUGUUCCUAUGAAGUGGGCCCCUCAGGAGUCCAGUCAGCAGCAGCCAUCACUGUCCCAGCAGCAGAGAGCUGCUUCUUGGACCACUGUGUCUAACUGGGGACAAAACUUUGCUAAUUACAUUGGAGGAGUUAAUGUAACAGACUCAAGGACCCAUAAUGCAUUCAUUAAGUCCAUGCAUGAGACCUCUGGCUUACAGCCACAUCAGCAGCCCCCUAACAGAGCUCCAGACAAGCUGCCUCUGGGGGCCAACUCUGCAGUUGAAGCAUACAGGGAUGCAGUUAAAGCUCGGGGCCUGGACUGGGAGCAGCAGCAGCAGCAGCAGCAGCAGCAGUCCCAGGCCUUCCAGGAGACCUUAAAACCUGGAGCACUAAACCGCCAGCAGCACAAUACAUCCCACCCUGGAGGAAGCUCAGUCUUGCAGCCUUUCCAGUUGGCCUUUGGUCAGCCAAAGCAGCACCUGCCACCAUACUACCAGACCUUCCAAGGCAACAGAACAACCCUACCUAACCCACCUAACUACGCAACACAGACAAAACCCCCACACCAGUUACAGCAACUACAGAAGCAAGAGCAAAUGCAACGCCAGCAACAACAACAUCACAUAAUUCAACAUCAAAUUCAGCAGCAACACCAACAACAAAUAAUUCAGCAGCAGUUACAGCAGCAGCAGCAACAAUUACAGCAUGAGCAGCAACAUCAAAAGAUGCAGCAGCAACAGCUCCAAAUUCAGCAGCAAAUACAACAUCAGCAGUUGCAGCAACAAAACUCUCAUGUGCUUGACUAUUACCCAGGUGCACAAAAUGCACACCCUCACCCACAUCCACAGCCCGUGGUGGUACACUCCCAGGAGUCCUCUGCUCCAGCUCCGCUAAAGAUCCAGGAGCCAGUCAUCCAGGACAUCACUCCAGAACCCCAGCAGCAGUCAGAUCCAUUGCAGCCGCCUCUUCAGUCUGAGCCCCUGUCUCAAUCGCCGCUCCAGUCCCAAACACAGCUUCGCAGAUCCCGACGGCUCUCCAAGGAAGGCGGGGCACCAUCCGACAACCCUUUUCUCUCUGUCUCUUGGAGCCAGGCAGCCCCAGGGCCCCAGGGCUCCCAGAACGGGGCCCGUGACAUCCAGGCAGCCCCAACAGGCGUCAUCCAGAGCACACGCAGGAAACGCAGGGCAUCCCAGGAAGUCAACUUGGAGACCCUUGCUCAGAAGGCCUCAGAAAUGGAGUCUCUACCAUCACAUGUUGUCAAGGAGCCCCACAGGCCGUGGAGUCCCACCGAAUCAGACGGUCUGAACGCCAAGCGCCCUCAAGACGACAGCCUUCUUCCUCUUGUCAUCCCCGUGUCUGUUCCAGUACGGAGGCAGGAGCCCUCCUCCCCUGACAGAGACGAAGAUGCCCUGGCCUGCACCUGGUCUCCCAGGCAUUCAAACCCCCAGGACAUCGGCCGCACAGACCACAAGCCCUCUGUCAUUGUCACCCGGAGACGCUCGCUCAGGAACUCCUUGUCGGAGAGCUCCGAUCAGAAUGGUGGCGCUGAGGGGGAGAAAGAUGAGGACGGCAAAAAGUCCAAACGGCGCCCCCGGCCAGAGCCCCUCUUCAUCCCACCACCUAGACCUGGUUUAUUCAUCGCCCCGCCUGUCUACUCCAGCAUCACACCCUACCAGAGUCACCUACGCUCCCCUGUACGCCUUGCCGACAAUCCCCUCACCAUUCCCCCCUAUACGCCUCCACCAAUCCUCAGCCCUGUUCGUGAGGGCUCGGGCCUCUACUUCUCCACUUUCCUGUCCGCCGCUGCUGCAGCCAGCAGCCAGGGUCUCCCACCUCCUGCCACUCCAAAGUCAGCCACACGCAGCCUGUUGCGUUCCAACAGCUGCGACAUCACACCACCAGUUCUGUCUGCUAUGAGUGAGGCCACUCCGGUCAGCAUCGAGCCACGAAUAAAUAUUGGGUCGGGGUACCAGGCCGAAGUGCCAGAGCUGAGGCAGCGGUCAGCUGUUGAGCUGGAUCACCAUCAAGCGGACCUGGUCUGGGCUCCAUUGGAUGAGCUGGAGGAAAAACCGGACUUCCAGCAAAAAGUGGAAGACUUCAUGCACCUGGCCUGCUCCAGUGUUUUGUGUGGAGGAGGCACCAACCAGGAGUUAGCCCACCACUGUCUCUACGAAUGCAAAGGUGACAUACUGGCUGCUCUGUCACUGCUGAUGCUGAGGAAUCCAAUUUUCCACAAGUCUCAUCAUCUGUCGAACUACCACUACUCUGGGUCAGACAGCUGGACCGCAGCUGAGAGGCGCCAGUUUAACAAAGGCAUCACUGCGUACAAGAAGGACUUCUUCAUGGUUCAGAAACAGGUGACCACUAAGACAGUGGCACAGUGUGUGGAGUUUUACUACACGUACAAGAAACACGUUAAGAUCGGCCGCAACGGGACGCCGAUCUUUGGUGAGGCUGAGCCUUCAGAGAGCAGGACCGCCGAGGAGGAGACGGAGCACAAGCAGGGCUCUGUCAAACUGGAGCCACAGCGGGAGGAGGACAGCAGGAAGCGAGAAGGGUCAGCUGACAGGAAACAGGAUGUCGGCACCACCAGGGUGACACACACGCUGCAGUCCACUGAAAAUUCUGGGACCGUCCUGAUCAUAAAAGGCCAGGAGGACAGGGGAAGGGACCAGCCACUGUCUCGGGUCAUCCACCCUCCUCAUCCACCUCCUCCCAGUUCCAAACUGCGCUAUGACAGCAACACAUGCCGGGCGAGCCCUUCAACGGGCAGCAAAGGUUCAGCCGGCCAGGAGGGAGAGUUCCCCUGCAAGAAAUGUGGCAGGAUCUUCUAUAAGGUGAAGAGCCGCAGCGCCCACAUGAAGAGCCACGCCGAGCAGGAGAAGAAGGCUGCAGCACUGCGCCUGAAAGAAGCGGAGGAACGAGGGGCGAAAAGGGCGGCAGCCGAGGCUGCAGCCAUCCUGGCUGCUCGGCAGCAGAACGGGACACGACAGGCGGGUGGGGACAGCACCAACGACGACUCGUCAGAUGGUGAGGACGAGGACGAUGAGGACUGGCAGUAAGGGGAAGGCCGCACCCUGACUGUACAGUGGCGUGUUCUCUGGGAAGAGGAAAUUACAACACACACACACACACACACACACACACACACACACACACACACACACAAAAGAAGAAUCCCUCCGGCGAACUUCCUGUACAUUUUGUGGAACAAGAACACUUCCGUUGCUUGACACAUUCAGGGACAAAUUACUCCUGUGUAUGUGUUUGUGUGUGAAUGCAUGGGCUGAGUGAGAGAGUGUGUGUGUGUGUGUGCGUGCUUUCCAGAACUCACCGACACCCCUUUACUCUGCUGGAAAAGUUCUUCAUGAUACCUCUCUUGGUCACAGGGCUUGGUCAAAUCAAAGCCAUGCCGCUCCUGUCGGCACUGUCCUGCUCUCCACGCCAGGCCUUCCUCAGCACUUUGCUUCUCACCCCGCUUCAUUUGACACACGUGGAACUUGUUGGACUCCUUUUUUCUGUGUCGAUGAGCCACAGCAUGCGCUUGCUUAAGCUGCACCCCGAUUGUCCGGCAACAGUUGAACUAUGAGCACUGAACUCUGACAGCGGGGAGUGUACAGCAAGUUAAAUGAACCCAGGGUAACGCUGUUUCACUCCUCCAAGAUGGACGGACGGCACAGGCAAACUGUUUCUGUUUCGAAAGCUCUUCUGCGCUCAAGGCUGCCAAAAGCUUUCUCAGAUGCAUGAUGUGCACUGAAAGGGUUGCUCCUCUCUGUGAGCGUUGUUCAUUUGGGCUUUAGUUCUGUGAAUCCCCCCUUUUUACAGUUCCUAGUCUGUUCCUCACUGUUGAUGCCUUGGAUGUUUUGAUGCUUUUUAUCUUGAAAUGACAAUCAAUUUUACACUGUUGUUUUUUUUUUUUAUAUAAAUAUGCAUACAGGUAAAUGUUACUUUUUCUGCCUGUAUAGCUGUAUAUGGCUGUUGCUGUUGUUGUUGUUGUGAAUAUUCUUGAUGAUUAUGAAUAAUAUUAUUAUAUCCUGGUUUUUGGCUGCAAUUUAACUGAGUGCUUUUUCUGUACUUCUCUUUUUUUUUUUUUUUAACAAAAAACAAAAAUAAUACUACUUGCUGCCUGUUUAUAACUGUGAGUUUUGUGUUGUUGUUUUGUUUUUUUGUUGUUGUUGUUUUUUAAACCAGAAAUGAAGAAAAGGCAGAAAUGUAUGUGCAAUAGAAGAAGUUACCCCCCCACUCCCGUUACCAGUGUCCAAGCCCCCCUGUCCCUCCCUCCCCAGUCUUUGUGUCACGCUGACGAGCGGCUGCACUGUCAACCCUGUAACUGAUAGGAGGCAGUAACUCGGACUGAAACGGCAGGUCUCUGGAGAGACACAUGCAGGAAAGACAAUAAACAGCACAAAGUAUUUAAAGACACAUUUGGAAAUAUCUUUAGAAUAGAUGCAUAUGUUUAUGCUUACUAACCUGAAAUUUUAACCAGAGUUUACUUUAUUCUUGAUAAUAAUAAUAAAGUUUUUAUGGGAGGUCUGUUUACUCCUCGUACGCUGAA